GGAUUUUUAGUUCUUACGUGAGAGAACUGGUUCAUAGAAAACCCUAGUCAGUAUAUAGAGAUCAUCGAUUCGUCAAACAGUUGAUUGAUAGUUCCUUCGUUCAAUCAAUUCGAUCAAUAUUCUCGUACAUACACAAAGUUAGGAUACUAAAAGUUUGAAUUUGUGCUGCUUUAAGAGGAUGCCUCCGAAACAAUCAAAAGCGGAUUUAGCGAAGAAGCAGAAAAUUGUGGAGGACAAGACAUUUGGGCUUAAGAACAAGAAUAAGAGCAAGAAUGUUCAAAAGUACGUGCAAUCGCUUCAGCAGAACGUACAACCUAAACCCGAUGCUUCCAAGCUUGCAGCUAAGAAAAAGAAAGAGGAGGAGAAGGCUAGAGAGAAGGAAUUGAAUGACCUGUUUAAGAUUGCUGUUGUUCAACCGAAAGUACCUGUUGGGGUUGAUCCAAAGUCCAUAUUGUGCGAGUUCUUCAAGGCUGGUCAGUGUGCAAAAGGCUUCAAAUGCAAGUUUUCUCAUGAUCUGAAUAUACAGCGGAAGGGUGAGAAGAUUGACAUUUUCAGUGAUAAGCGUGAUGAAGGAACAAUGGAGGAUUGGGAUCAAGAAACAUUGGAGAAGGUUGUGGCAUCAAAAGGGAAAGAGUACAACCAGAAUAAACCGACUGAUAUUGUUUGCAAGCACUUCCUUGAAGCAGUGGAGAAGAAACAAUAUGGCUGGUUCUGGGUUUGUCCCAAUGGUAACAAAGAGUGUCAUUACAGGCAUGCUCUCCCUCCAGGUUACAUUCUGAAGUCACAAAUGAAGGCACUUUUAGAAGAAGAAGCUAACAAGCUAGCUAUUGAGGAUGAGAUUGAGGAUCAGCGUGCAAAAGUGAAAACUACAACUCCAAUGACUACUGAUCUCUUUAUGAAGUGGAAGAGGAAGAAGUUGGAAGAAAGAGAUGCUGGCCUGGCUGCUCAAAGAGCAGAGAGGGCUAAGAAUGACCGCAUGAGUGGUCGCGAGUUGUUUCUUUCUGAUGCUAGUGUGUUUGUGGAUGAUGCUGAGGCUUAUGAGAAGUACAACCGAGAAGAAAAGGCACAAGACGGUUCAUCUACAGGCGGACCAAGCACGUCCACAAGCAUAGCUGCUGUUUCUGAAGACGGGAAUUCUGAAAUUGAUGAAGACGAUGAUGAUCUGGAUAUGGAUGAAUUGAAUGAACUAGAAGCAAGCUUGUCUAAAACAUCUAUCCAAAUUCAAGAGCCCAGAAAAUAGGUCUCGGUUUGCAUUUGCAGCAGGGAGAACUUGGAAUAGAGACACCAUUCACACCGUUCUUGAUGGCUGAGGGACCAAUGCAGUGGGGGCUGUCCCGAGGUUGUGUAUUUGUAUGCCCUUGUGCAAAAUUAUGAGCCAUAAGGUAAGAAAAAUAAAGACCAAGGGGCCAUUUACCAAUGCUCACCGGAUAAGAUUCACGAUCCUCACGGUAAGUGAGAUGGUGACUUUUACCCGGUUAACGUCUCUUGUGGAUCCGUUUAAAGGCGAGUCUACUACGCAUCUGAAUGCUCGUACAUUCAGAGACUUGACAAAUGCUGAAAAGUCCAGGGACCUUGAAGCCAAGCCAUUCACCAACACUUGGUUUCAAUGAUUCGCCAAAUGGAAGAAGAUGCUUGCACUAUGCUGCAUGUUAUGGCCACUCUCAUGGUCUUGAAACCACUGUUUCCACUGCAUUUAACAUGCCUGUCAGGCAUGUGUGUACUAAGUGUGUGUUU